CCGACAAAAAUUUAAAAAUUAUAUAGAAAUAUCCCAAAGACUCUGAAACCCUUUAAGAACCCCUCCCCUCUCCGAAUUCCCCACAAAGUGCCAAACGGUAAAGCAUCGCAAAGAUUUCCCACAAACAUGCUGAGCGGGCGCCAUCGCGGGUUGCCAACAUCGAUUUCCGCCAGCAGGACGAUGAUGAAGAUGAUGGAUGGCCAUCUGACCGAUCCGAUCCUAGCAACAUGGAUGUAUACCAAAUAGAGCUGGAGGCACAGGCACAAAUCCGCUCCAAUCUUCUGGUCGAAACCUGUGUGAAGCACUCGGCUGAGCAGCAGCAGCAGCUCCAGGUGAAGGAGGAGGACCUCAUCAAGGAUUUCGCUCGGGACGAGGAACAGCUAAGCGAGGAGGAGGAGGAGGAGGAGGGGGAGGACGAAGAGGACGAGGACGGGGAAGAAGACGAGGAAGAGGCAGACGAAGAGGAGGACGAGGGCGAAGGAGAAGGAGCCCUGCUGCCGGCGGUCAACUUUAAUGCAAAUUCCGACUUUAAUUUGCAUUUCUUUGACACACCGGAGGACUCGUCCACCCAAGGGGCCUACAGCGAGGCCAAUAGCUUGGACUCCGAGCAGGAAGAGGAGCAGGAGGAGCAGGAGCAACAUCACCGGGAGUUGCAGGAUUGCCUAAGUGCCAUUGAAGCCGAUCCCCUGCAGCUGCUGCAGUGUGACGAUUUCUACCGGACAGCAGCGCCAGUGGAGAGUGUUGCAGGCAGUCUUGGACCCCUGGAACAGCAACUCAACCACCCACAGCAACAGCAACAGCAGCAACAACAGCAGCAGCAGCAACAGGGGCAACAUCCUGGACAGCAGCAACACCACCAGCUCAACUGCACGCUGAGCAAUGGUGGAGGUGCUCUGUACACCAUCAGCAGUGUGCAUCAGUUCGGUCCGGCCAGCAACCACAACAACAGCAGCAGCUCCCCCUCCUCCAGCGGCGCCCACUCCUCGCCGGACAGCGGCUGCUCGUCGGCCUCCUCCUCCGGCUCCACGGGAUCCUGCGGCUCCUCCUCGGCAUCCUCCACCCACGCGGUCUCCUCCUCGUCGUCGUCCAGCUGCUCGGACCACUUUGCCAGGGGGCCGGGUACAGUUGUCAAUGUCAGCGGUCAUACAUCCUCGUCAGCGGUCAGCAGCAGCAACAACAACAACGCAAGCAGCAGCAGCAACAGCAACACCAGCAACAUCCCCGCAGCAACAUCUUCAUCUGUUGCGCAUCUAAACAAAGAGCAACAGCAACAGCAGCAACAGCAGCAGCAGCCGCAGACGACGACACAGCUGCAACAGCAGCAGCAGCAGCAACACCAACAGCAGUUGCAACACCCGCAGCAGCAAUCUUUUGGCCUAGCGGACAGCAGCAACAACAACAGCAACGGCAGCAGCAGCAACAGCAACAACAACACCAACGGGGUCUCCUCGAAAUCAUUUGUGCCCUGCAAAGUCUGCGGCGACAAGGCAUCGGGCUACCAUUAUGGUGUAACCUCCUGCGAGGGUUGCAAGGGUUUCUUUCGUCGCAGCAUCCAGAAACAAAUCGAAUACCGCUGUCUGAGGGACGGAAAGUGCCUGGUCAUUCGGCUGAACCGCAAUCGCUGCCAGUAUUGCCGCUUCAAGAAAUGCCUCUCCGCUGGCAUGAGCCGCGAUUCUGUACGUUAUGGUCGCGUUCCCAAGCGUUCCCGUGAGCUGAACGGAGCAGCCGCCGCCUCCGCCGCCGCAGGCGCUCCCUCCUCCCUAAAUGUGGAUGAGUCAACCAGCAGCACUCUGCACCCAAAUCCGCUACAGCAGCAGCAGCAGCAGCAACAGCAGCAACAUCUCCUGCAACAGCAGCAGCAGCAACACCAACAGCAACACCAGCAACUCCAACAGCAACCGCAUGUCAGCGGCGUCCGAGUGAAGACACCGAGUACUCCACAAACGCCACAAAUGUGUUCGAUCGCCUCCUCGCCAUCGGAGCUGGGCGGUUGCAAUAGUGCCAAUAACAAUAACAACAACAAUAACAGUGGCAGCGGGAAUGCCAGCGGCGGCAGCGGCGUAAGCGUCGGCGUUGUCGUUGUGGGCGGACACCAGCAGCUGGUGGGCGUGGGCGUGGGCAUGGGCACGGACCUGGGCGGGAGCCACCACCAGGUGGGAAUGUGCCACGACGGACUGGCCGGCACGGCCAACGAGCUGACCGUCUACGAUGUCAUCAUGUGCGUGUCGCAGGCGCACCGCCUCAACUGCUCCUACACGGAGGAACUGACCAGGGAGCUCAUGCGCCGCCCCGUGACGGUGCCACAAAAUGGGAUUGCCAGCACAGUGGCGGAGAGCCUGGAGUUCCAGAAGAUCUGGCUAUGGCAGCAGUUCUCCGCCAGGGUGACGCCCGGCGUGCAGCGGAUUGUGGAGUUUGCGAAACGCGUACCUGGCUUCUGUGAUUUCACCCAAGACGACCAGCUCAUACUCAUCAAGCUGGGCUUCUUCGAGGUCUGGUUGACGCACGUGGCCCGGCUGAUCAAUGAGGCGACACUGACCCUGGACGACGGAGCCUACCUGACGCGCCAGCAGCUCGAGAUACUCUACGAUUCUGACUUUGUCAACGCCUUGCUGAACUUUGCCAACACACUGAACGCCUAUGGGCUGAGUGACACGGAGAUUGGACUCUUCUCGGCCAUGGUGCUGCUGGCCUCCGAUCGUGCCGGCCUCAGCGAGCCCAAGGUGAUCGGAAGGGCCCGGGAACUGGUGGCCGAGGCCCUGCGUGUCCAGAUCCUGCGAUCCCGGGCAGGAUCUCCGCAGGCACUGCAACUGAUGCCGGCGCUGGAGGCCAAGAUACCCGAGCUGAGGUCCCUGGGGGCCAAGCACUUCUCACACCUAGACUGGCUGCGGAUGAACUGGACCAAGCUGCGCCUGCCGCCCCUCUUCGCCGAGAUCUUCGACAUCCCCAAGGCCGAUGACGAGCUGUAGGAUGGAUGGAUGGAUGGAUCCCCGCGAGAUUCCAGGGCCGUGCAAAGCAAACCGCAACAAAAAAUAUUCUACCACUUGUAGGCUUAAGCAACGUAGCUAUAUAUAUAGCUAAAGAGAGAAUUGGGAGGGCCGGAGAUCAGUUACACGUCUACUCAGCAUUACUGGAGAUAGUUCACUAAGCCUAUAUGCAUAUUACUAGCAGUGUUAGAGCGACCAGGACUCCCCGCUGAACAUAUCCAUGCGCAAACAUAAAUUAUUUAUUUCAUUGUUGACUCAUCAAGCUCCACUCCGAACACCACAUCACUUCAUCCCCGCACACCCAAUCAAAAUUUAAAAAGAAAAUUCACCAUUGGCCAGCUAUCCAAGGCAUCUAUUUAGAACUCGACUGAAGAGCGAGCGUUAAAGUUCGAUAAAUACUGGUUUUUUUAAAUAAUAUUAACUACUUUAAACGAUAUCGGAUAUAUGUGUACGUUACAUCUAGAGAUACGGAUUUAGCGUAGUCGAAAAGCAAAAAAGAGAGACCCACAUCGUUUGCUUGCAACAAGAUGGAUAUCCCAUACGAUAAAAAAAUAUACAUAUUCAAAAUGAUAAAUGAUAAAUCUAUGCCUAGUUUAAAUCAUUUCGAAUUGAAGAUCGAUGCGUUUAUUGUAUCUGCGUGUAAAUAAAUUUAAAUUAAUUUUUACCAUUAACUCGAUGCGACUUGAUUAUUUUAAAGCCCUCACCCCACUGAGUUACCCGAUGAUCCUACCCAGACCUUCGGCGACAACCACCUCCAUUCAAAGUGUUCAGUUUCUCACUUAAGAUCAGACUUUUGACAUCUUACGAUUAAGAUCCUUGGGUUAGAGACCAUCUAAGUUAAGUGCUUUAAGGCUUCAUUUGUAUAACUCGGAACAAUCAAAUUGUUUGAUCAAUUUUUGAAUAGAUUGGUGCUAAAUUUGUGUGUUAAGUUUACAUGGAAACAAGCGAGGAAAACCAACAGACAGACGAACAAAAUAUAUAUAUACCUAUAUAUUUAAACCUAUCUAUAUAUCAAAUACGUGCAUGUAAAAAUCAAAAGGAUUCUUCUCUAAAGCUCUUCAUUGAUUGUUGAAUUUAUAUAGAAAAUUUUGUAAAUUUUAUUAGUGUGACAAAGGAAAAUAUUAAAUGUAGAGGCAGCUGUGGCUGCCGUUUUAUGCUCCAUGUGUACCUUUCGCUUAUUGAACUAGAAUAUCGAAAUCAAUAUAGAUCUAUAUACAUAAAUUUAUAGACUACGAUUCGCAAUAUCUUAGAAGACACGCAACUUACAUCGCUAGCAAUUCUUUAUCCCGAUCCGAUCCUCAAAGCGCCCCCUCACCACUAUAUAUUUUCGAUCCUAGCACAAACCCAACAAAUCUCUGUGUUAAUUUUGUAAACCAGUGCGCAUAAUGGAACCUUGUGAAUGUAGCAUUAAAAACGACGAAAAGAUCAACAGAUUUUUAAUUACAUUAUUAACUUAUACCUAACUAUUAUAUACAGAUAUGUAAUAAAUAUAUAGAUACAAUUUUUUA